AUGGAGGUGGGAGAUGGACGAAGUUCCUCCAACGACCUAUCCAGCGCCCCUCCCAGUGAUGCCGAAAGCACACCUGGUCCUCUGAGCCAUCUCACCGCCCCGUAUGGCCAUCGCGACAAUGCGACAUCCGACAGUUCUGGUAUCGCCGGCCAUCUGAGUGCGCGACAGACCCUUCCUGCCAGUGCAGGUGCUGCGGCGGCGGCAUCAGCCACAUCUGCAGGCACACGCCAAGAACCGUCUCGCGAAUCGGGUCAGCCACCGCCCGUCAAGACUCGCAAGCCACGGAAGAGGCGUGACCCGAAUGCGGCUGGUGAGCCCGAGAAAGAGAAGAAGGAGCGAGCCACUCGACGACCUCGGGGUGCUUCAACGACGGCUACCACGUCGCGCAAGAAGCCCAAACUCGAACCCACAGACGACCACAGUACGAUUUACAUCCCGAGACCCAACAGUUCCGGCCUGCAAUCAUCUACGCUGGUCCAACCGCUGGCCUUCUCCUCUACGCAGGCUGGCGCCGAGAAUAGGAAGGACGAUGCGGCCAAGUAUUCCGCAUUAGGGCUCUCGAUGCACGACGCUGCGAUGCGGCUUCAGCCCCAAUCACACCUUCAUGCUCCAAUCCCCAACUAUCGUCUCUCGGACUAUGCUCUCAAUGCACCGGUUCCGACUCAAUCGACGCCCCCUCGCGCCGCGGGCAUGUAUGAUCCCAUUCGAUCCGUCACCAUUCAGAGACCGGUCGACCAUGUUCCCCCCUCCUCGACCACAUUACCGCCCACCGAUACUCCGCCGAGGCCGACGUACAACCCCAGUGCAUCUCCGGCGAUCUCGGGCAUUAUCGAUCACCCCACCGAGCCGAACUCCACCCCACCAACCACGUUGGCGACUCAUCCACCCAAGGCAGAACAACCAUACAGUCAUGCCAACGGCAAAGCCGUGAAUUCACCACUCGUGAAAGGCAAUCCCGCCACGGUGGAGGUGGACCCGAUCACCGUGAAUCAUGAUCAACCCAAGAAAGCGGCGACGGCGAGGAAAGUCCCGUCCGAAGCACCGACACGUGCAACAUCGCCCAAACCCGGCCGAGCGAAAGAACAGGCCCCCCCGCCUCCGCCUGGGUCAGGCCUUCUCUCUGCAAGCCUCUUUGGGGGAGACUCGUCGAGUGAUGCGGCGCCCAAGGAUUCCGGAAAAGGACCCAACAUCGUUCUCCACGUCGACCUCACCGAUCCUAACAAUCGGGUCAUCAAUUUUGCGCGGAUGGCGGAAGAGAAGUAUGGGUUCGCGGCUUUGUAUCCUCGUCAAGCGGCCCAGAAAGAACGUUUGGCCAAGGUCGCCGCGGCGGGCGCAGCAUUGGAGCGAUCCGCGUCCGGAAGCAAAUUUGGAGAGACCUCGGCUGGAGACAGUGGAGACGAAGACCUCAGUGUCGACAUUGAACGUGACUCGGACAACGACGGCGAUGUGGCCAUGUCCGGAGCCAACGGGGGUCCCGAGCCGGUCAACAGUGGGACGGACGCACCGGGACCAAAGCGUCGGCGGAGACGAAAAAUGGAGGAGUACAACCAAGAUGAUCCCUUCAUUGAUGACAGUGAGUUGUUAUGGGAGGCCCAAGCAGCCGCGAGCAAAGAUGGCUUUUUCGUGUAUUGUGGUCCACUCGUCCCCGAGGGGGAGAAGCCUGCCGUUGAGAGAGCGGAUGGAACCAUCAAACGGGGUCGUGGUCGCGGCAGAGGCGGCGGCCCUGGUUCCCGCGGAGGUCGAGGCAGUGCCGCCGCUUCUGAAGGAGGCGCUGGACGGGGGGGAGGACCUGGUUCUCGAGGCGGAGGGAUUACUCGAAAACCUCGAAUGACCAAAGCCGAUCGAUUACAGUUGGAGAAAGAAAAGCUUGCGCGAGAGAAAAUGGCACCGAUUAUGGCCAAACCAACGGCAUAUCCGGGUUGA